CGAGGGGCGGGGCCCCCGGGAGUCCCGAGCGGAGCGCUCAGCUUUGGCAGCAGAGAGGAGGAGAGCAGUAGGGGAAGAGGAGGAACACCGGGAGACGACAACAACAACCAGAGGACACAACACAGAGGACACAACACGGGGGACACAGCAUAGGAAGAGCUUCUAUUGUAGUGACAGUACUCCAGAGGAUUCGAGGAGGAGGAGGAGGCAGAGGAACCCGCCGGCGAGGUGGAGUUGAUGCAGCUCAUCACACGACCUCAUCCCGGAGGAGCGGCGGCGGUGGCGGCGGCACACACCUAGACCCCACGCGCGGGGACGAACACGAGACGCUGACAGCCGAGGCUGGAGGGAGGGUGGGUCGUCCAGUUCCCUGCACGGCCCGACCAUGAUGUGCGAGGUGAUGCCGACCAUCAGCGAGGACGCGGCGAGCUCGACCCGCACCUCGCAGGACGACGCAAGCUUCGAGCGCCUCAUGGUGGGCAUGCUGGACGAGCGCGACCGCCUGCUCGACGCGCUGCGGGACGCGCAGGAGACGCUCGCCCACACGCAGUCGCGUCUGCACGACGUUUGCCACGACCGCGACUCGCUGCAGCGACAGCUCAACUCGGCCCUGCCGCAGGAGUUCGCGGCGCUGACGAAAGAGCUGAACUCGUGUCGGGAGCAGCUGCUGGAGCGCGAGGAGGAGAUUGCGGAGCUCAAAGCCGAGCGCAACAACACACGGCUCCUGCUGGAGCACCUGGAGUGCCUGGUGUCUCGCCACGAGCGCUCGCUCCGCAUGACGGUGGUGAAGCGGCAGGCGCAAUCUCCGGCAGGCGUCUCCAGCGAGGUGGAGGUGCUCAAGGCCCUCAAGUCACUCUUUGAGCACCACAAGGCUCUCGAUGAGAAGGUGCGGGAAAGGCUGCGGGUGGCUCUGGAGAGAGUGGCAGUCCUGGAGGAGGAGCUGCAGGCCACCAAUCAGGAGCUCAUGCUGCUGCGCGAGCAGGCGGCUCACGCCCAGCGCAGGGCCGGGGAUGGCUCCGAGGACGCCACGGAGAUCGAGACUCCGCCAACGCAGAACUCCGCAGAGCUGCGACCCCUUACCUCGCACGCAAAGGCUCGCGUGACCAAUGGCACCGCUCUGCGGGACAUCGAGGGGCCCGGGCGGCUGCUGGAGCUGCAGGAUCUGCUGGACAAGCGGAACGUGGAGGUGGCGCAGAUGAAGGAGCGCCUGGGCACGCUGUCGGCGCGCGUCGGAGAGCUGGAGGACGACGUGGACACGGCGAGGAGGGACCUCAUCAAGUCCGAGGAGAUGAACACCAAGUACCAGCGCGACAUCAGGGAGGCAAUGGCCCAGAAGGAGGACAUGGAGGAGCGAAUCACCACGCUUGAGAAGCGUUACCUGGGGGCCCAGAGAGAGGCCACGUCGCUACACGACCUCAACGACAAGCUGGAGAAUGAGCUGGCCAACACAGAGGACCUACUCAAGCAGAGUGAGGACAAGACGCGGCAGCUGCAGGAGAGGCUGGAGCUCGCCGAGCAGAAGCUUCAGCAGACGAUGCGCAAGGCCGAGACGCUGCCCGAGGUGGAGGCCGAGCUCGCACAGCGUGUGGCCGCGCUCACCAAGUACGAUCCCUCCUCUUCACCCGAUGACUCCACUAUUCUGGAAGUUAAACUGCAAGACAUGAGCAUCUUGCUUAGGAAGGCGGAGGAGCGGCACGGGGACAUCGAGGAACGUCUACGGCAACUGGAGACCCAGUUGGAGGAGAAGAAUCAGGAGGUGUUGAGAGCGAGGCAGCGAGAGAAGAUGAACGAGGAGCACAACAAGCGGCUCUCGGACACGGUAGACAAGCUUCUGUCCGAGUCCAACGAGCGGCUGCAGCUGCACCUCAAGGAGAGGAUGUCAUCGCUGGAGGAGAAGAAUGCACUUACCCAUGAACUUGAUAAUACAAGAAAACAGUUGGAAGAGGCCCACAUGGAUAAGGAGCGUAUGGCGGACGAAGUGGAAAAGGUUCGUCUGGAGAUGGAGCAGUGGAGGCUUAAAACAAGCUCCAUGGUCGACCCGGUCAUUCCACGGUCACAUCUUGGUAGCUCGUCAGAUAUUCGCUACUCGCUGGGCUCAUCAGUUAUUCUGGAGGCACCAGGAGACCCGUUUGGAAGCUCAGCGGUGCUGCGCCGCCAGAAGGGACGCCUGUCAGCACUCCGAGAUGAACCGGGCAAGGUACAAACGCUGAAUGAGCAGGAGUGGCAGCGCAUGCAGCAGGCGGGCGUGCUGGCCAGCGUCGCCCAGGCCUUCGAGAGCGAGACGGAGGCGUCCGACCAGGAAGACGACCGCGAUACCAUCUUUAGCUCGGCCGACCUCCUGUCGCCCAGCGGCCACUCGGACGCGCAGACGCUCGCCCUCAUGCUGCAGGAGCAGCUCGACGCGAUCAACAACGAGAUCAGGCUGAUCCAGGAGGAGAAGGAGUCGACGGAGCAGCGCGCGGAGGAGAUCGAGUCGCGCGUGGGCAGCGGGAGUCUCGACAGCCUGAGCCUGGCGCGCCUCCGCAACAGCGCGACGGCGGCGGCGGGGGGGACGUCACUGCCCGUGUCGCUCACGGGGUCGUCGCUCGCCAGCUCCUCGCCGCCCGUCAGUGGCCGCUCCACGCCCAAGUUCACGCCGCGCAGCCCCGCGCGCGACGCAGACCGCUCGGGCGCCGGCGCAACCCUGCCCACCAUCCAGUCCGAGUCUUCUCCCCAGCCUACAGUGACCUCAUCCUCUUCAGUCUUUCAGUUUCCAUCAUCUGUGCCUGCAGCUGUCAAUGCUCCCUCCCCCCCCAGUCUUCCCUCCACCGCUGUUCCAUCGCAGCCGGCCGGCUCGCGGGACGAUGCGCGGGAGGACAAAGCCACGAUAAAGUGCGAGACGUCUCCGCCGCAGACGCCGCGGUCUGGCCGCCUCGACCGCGUGUCGCAAGCUCUGCACUCGGCCAGCCAAGAGGACAUCCGAGGGUCGUCUGGCUUGCAGGACGGAGCCAGCAACCCAAGCUCCAGCAACAGCAGCCAGGACUCCCUGCACAAGGCUAAAAAGAAGGGCAUUAAGUCGUCCUUUGGCCGCUUGUUUGGAAAGAAAGAAAAAGGGCGACCUCUCACACCCAGCAAGGAGCUGGCAUCACCUGGCCAAGGGGGUUCGGCUGAAGGUGAGGGAGGCUCUCCGGAGGGUGUUGGCCUCGCAAAGUUGGGCACCCAAGCGGAACGGGACCGGAGACUCAAGAAAAAGCACGAGUUACUGGAGGAGGCCCGGAGACAGGGCCUGCCCUUUGCCCUCUGGGAUGGGCAGACUGUUGUGGCUUGGCUGGAGCUGUGGGUGGGCAUGCCGGCGUGGUACGUGGCCGCGUGCCGUGCCAACGUCAAGAGCGGCGCCAUCAUGUCGGCGCUGUCGGACACCGAGAUCCAGCGCGAGAUCGGCAUCUCGAACCCGCUGCACCGGCUCAAGCUGCGCCUCGCCAUCCAGGAGAUGGUGUCGCUCACCAGCCCCUCGGCGCCACCCACCUCACGCACGACCACAGGCAAUGUGUGGAUGACUCACGAGGAGAUAGAGACGCUGGCGGCGGCCGCACGAGCGGAGGAUGAGGAGGGCAGCUGGGCACAGGCAUGCCUCUUCGCCCAGACGCUGGCGUACGGAGACAUGAACCACGAGUGGAUCGGCAACGAGUGGCUGCCCAGCCUGGGCCUCCCCCAGUACCGCAGCUACUUCAUGGAGUGCCUGGUGGACGCACGCAUGCUCGACCACCUCACCAAGAAGGACCUGCGGGGCCAGCUCAAGAUGGUCGACAGCUUCCACCGGACAAGUCUGCAGUAUGGCAUCAUGUGCCUCAAGAGAUUAAAUUACGACCGGAAAGAUCUGGAAAGGAAACGGGAAGAGAGUCAACACGAGAUGAAAGACGUGAUGGUGUGGAGCAACGAGCGCGUGAUCCGCUGGAUCCAGUCGAUCGGCCUGCGCGACUACGCCAACAGCCUGGUGGAGAGCGGCGUGCACGGGGCGCUCAUCGCCCUGGACGACACUUUCGACCACAUCGCGCUGGCUCUCUCGCUGCAGAUCCCCACGCAGAACACGCAGGCUCGGCAAGUGCUGGAGAGGGAGUUUAAUAAUCUCCUGGCACUGGGCACCGAGCGUCGGCUGGAAGAGGACGCCCUCUUUCAAAACGAAGACAAGAAUUUCCAGCGCGGCCCGUCCUGGCGGAAGCGCUUCCACCCGCAGGAGGCGUCGGGCGUGGGCGUCAUGGUGCCCGGCUCGGCCGAGACACUGCCCGCGGGCUUCCGCGUCAACGCCACGGCCGCAGCGUCCCCCACCGCCCUACCCAAGAAAGCGCAGCCAGACGGUCCGACCGGGGUUCACGGGGUCGCACCAGUUGUUAUCUUCCUCGGCCAGUUAGCAGAAGGUGCAACGGCGGGGACGCAGCGGGCUGACCCAUCCUCGGUCGUGCGGACGUACUCGUGCUGAUACCCGAGACGUGCCACGGUCCCUCGCGCCAUCCAAUGAGCGCCCUUUACCUCCGCUGAUUGUGGAGUUCCACUUGACGACAGCGGUCGGUGACCUGGCAUCACCGCCAUGAAGUGGGGCCUUGCCAAGUCAAGGACAUCCCUCUAUGCCUCCCGGGAGGACCUCUCACACGCGGCAUGGACCAAGCGCGCUCCUUGUACAAUCUUUUGAAAGAUCAAUUGUCUUUCAUUUUGUAAUUUCUCUUCAUAUUUAUAUUGCCAUCGAUCCAGACCUUACGAUGACUGUAUUGUGUAAAAUUCUUCACUUUCGGUAAAAAGAACCUUUUACUGUCUGCUCUUGCAUAUCAUGUACACAAUGACAUUAAUCUGCUUGGAAAUUUAUUUAUCGUUUUACGUUUUUUUUUGCUGGCGACGGCUGCCUUUUUUCGUGCUGUUCCACAGGUUGUGUACGAUACUAAUGUAUGUAUAUGUACCUAAAAGGUCGAAUUGUGCUUUGAGGAUGUUUUGUAAAUUUAUCGGGAAAAUGUAAUUACCAGGUAAUAUGCAGAUUUUCUUUUUGUAAAGCUGCACAGGUGUGUGUGUGUAUGAGAGAGAGAGAUGUCGGGAAAUGUCAACAGCACAAAGAGUGCUGCACCCUCGCUGCGGUCAGGUCUACGCGGCUACGUUACGUUUGUUUUUUUCCCGCGACGAGAAUAGUCACGCGUGUUGGCGGGCGUUUUGAGCGAGCGUGGUCUACUUUAUGAGCGAGGACGUCACUCUUGAACCUAUACCCCCCCCCCCCCCCCCGGCACGGCUGUCGGGCUCACUGCAUUCGCCAACCUCAUGCGUAUACGUAUUUUUCUUUUUGUCGAGAAAUGUCUAUACCUCUCCUGAACAGUGGCUGGCAAGAUUUUGCGAUAUUUACCCACCUCACGUUUGAGUCGCGCAUUCACUCGCACGCAAAUGUGCUUAUGUUUUGAUUGGUGUUGAGUUCCCUAUCAAAUGGAUCCCUGGAUUUCACACUGGCAAAUAUGUAAAUCCUCGUUUUUUUUGUUUUGCGGUUGACCAAAUGGUGUGUUGCUAUGACUGCUACCGAUGAUUUAUUUUAGAAUCAUUGCUUGUUCGCAUUGUUUGAUUUGAAGCAACAUGUAUUCUCUGGGAAUGCACUCCAACAAUAAGGUGUUUUAAUUAAAUAAAAGUAAUAUAUUUUAGGUAUGCUGUUAUCAUACAUCAUACACACCAGCCUGUCUCCGAUUUACAAUGUGGAAUCCAAUUUUGCAGGCAUAGGCCAAAUUGAUCGGCUUUUAAGAUGGGGCAAUGUUUGUCAGUCGGGCGAAUUAGACAACACCAAACCUGCAUUCUGGGUACGUGGAGCUGUAAGCCAAAAUAAAUCCUUCCCGCUAAACCUCGUUGGCUGGCUGGACACAACUCUACUCCACUGCAAAUGCCACGGUUCUACAGCCACAGAGAACCAGGUUUUGCGAGCCCAGUGGCCCACUCCACGUGGUCACGUUCCCACGAGCCUCGAGUCUCUGUGGACACAUCGCCCACUGCUGCUACUCCCCCCUAAACCCAUGCCUCCCUCUCCGAUACUCCCCCCAUUCUCGAAGGUGGCGGUCUGAAAGUAGUCUUAAAACGUUGGUUUUACACAAAGUUGAAUACAGGCGUCGGUUAGGUUCGGCAGAGUCAGAGGUCGUCAAUCUCGCGGCCAGGGAGUCGCAUGCGGCUUGCGUCGUGACGUUAUUCACGUGCAUUCCGGCUCUUGAAAUAUUGCUGGGAUUUUUUUUUGUUACCGCACUCGAAAAAAAUGCCUCUUGUUAUUUUGAUUGCUGACCCCUCCUGGGUUCGGCUGAGUGAAGCUUGAGUCCACUCUUUGUGUUUAUUUCACCAUGUGCUUUUAAUGUAACAGGCCUGGCAAGACGAUCAAGUGAUGUUCACGUUGACCCCACGAUGAUGAUGUCGUCACGCCAGGUUACGGGGUCGGCCCAGAUAAAAAGGGUGCGGCACGGGCUGGCACUGCCUGAUAACCCAUGCCCGAAGAUAGGAUGCCAAGCUUUUGCUCUAGGAUUAGUUCAGUUAAGGAGGACUGCCAUGGGGAUUACGUUGCAGAGAUCCAGGCCGGUUCCCACUGACCAUGGACACGACGAAUGAGAUCUCCCGAGGAAGCAGGAGGAAGGUAAAUGUGGCUGCAGGGAGUAAAAUAAACAAUGCGACAGUCAUGUGGUGAAUUACUCUCUUGAGGGAGGAUUCACAGGCAGAUCAUGCAGGCUCAGCUCAACAAAGCAAUUUCUACACGCAGGUUUUUUGUGAGUGUAAUUGGGUAAUGCAUGCUGGUCGAGGUACGUAGCGUCCAUUUCACGGUGCCAAGUAACAGCAGUUUAUUUAAAACCCCCACUGACAGUCUCCUCCUCUUGCGCAAUUAUGUGUUCUCGUGUGCAAUUACACGUUCAAUUGUGCAAUUACAUUCUAUGAUGACAUUCUAUGAAAGCACAGUGUGUCCGGCUUGUGUUUCCGUAUUUUUGGAAACGCGGGGCAGUAUUCCCAGAGAAUUUUCUCCUUUUUGACCGCAGUACAAUCGUGUUCCUGCAAAACACGGCAAUGCAUUUUAACAUCCACGUCUCACCCCUGCAAUGCAUGGGACAGCUCCGAGCUGAGCUCGCUCACCGGGAGAGAACGCGACGGUGUGACCGGUUGGAUCUUAGCGCGUGCAGUGGGGGUUCACGGUUGAAUCUCGAACCCCGUGUGGGUUGACAAGACUUGGCACGUUUUCAUGGGACCCUGAUAUGGUUGUACCCGCUAGUCGCACUGCCAAAGCACAAGUGCUGCACUGCCGUGCAACUCGACGUUGGGACUCUGGGCGGUCAAGUCGAGCAGCGCCGGAAUUUAAAGUUACGGACGGUUUCUUUGGAAACUUGCCUAGAAAGGGGUUCGGCGAUGCAUCGAGUCAUCGAUUGGUAGCGAUUCUUGAGGUGUAUACGACGCACGCAUCGCACCGCGUGCGUCAUCAAUGUUUUUCACUUCAUACAUGUUGUACGUAAAAGGUUCAAGUGGAUCCCUACAGGGCAGGGCUGCCCAGAGUUGGGGGGGAAGGGGGGGGGCUAGGCCUCGCACAACAGAGGGGGGCCCACAGUGGGCCUAUGGAUGGUGGAAUAAUGGGGGCCUCAAGUGACAUUUUAUCCCGGGCUAUUAUUGAACCUCUGGGCAGCCUGCCCUACAGUCGCCAAAGGCUGCUGCUACAUUCACCACGAUGUAAAAACAAAUAUUAAAGUGAAUAAUUUCUUAAAUCUGAUCGUCGCAAUUCAUUAUCGAAUUAUGAGAGCGGUGAAUUGUUACACCUCUGCUAAUGAGGCACGGAGUGUGCAAUCUUUUUAAUAUUUACUUUACCAUCUGUAAUGAAAACUUGCCAAGCAAUUGAUUAACUUUAUUUAAAGAAGGACCAAAAUAUACUUGCAUGUGUUCUAUUCUGCCAAGGUGUUAACCCUACAGGUGUGUUAGAUAUUUUAUUGAAUAAUCCUCGCACCAAAAGAAAAUAUUUAUAUGUAAUCAACGGUCAUCAUUGUCAUCGUUGGCCUGAUCAUGCGCAUCGCCAUAAUUAGUAUCUGGCACGGUCAUUGUCAUUUGCAUCAUCACCUGCAUUAGAAGUUGUGAAUCAAGAAAAAUAUUAUUAUGAUGCCAUCUUUUUUUUAUGCCACAAGACCUCGGAAUUCACCCGACCUGGGCUCCAAUAUUGUCUGGGUCGCUGGUGGACUGCGGUAGGUGGCACGCGCGACUCGUAGCCACAGCCAUAGCGAGGGGUAAUGCUGAGAUGUGUUUGUUUUUGCCUGCCCUGAGAAGAACAACAAAAACCCGGGUCACUGAUCCAGAUAGACCCCAGGUUUAAGUUUUUAGCCCGACUGAACCACCCCCCCCCCCCCCCCGUUAAACCCACAGCGAUGCCACGCAGUCAUAUAAAAAACUAGGAAAACAUUAGGAUGGGGAAAAGACAACAUGUAUGUUUAUUCUACGGUUAACAUAGUCUCUGCCCUUGCUUUUCUGGCCAUCCAGCAAGGAAUGAAAGUGUCCCAACUAACAGCAACAAAACGGUAAUCCUCCUGCGUGGUAAAACCAGUUUUUUCUAUUUGCCCGACUUUUGUAAUGGGUUUUUUUGUGCUGUGGCCAAGCCCAGGUGCUGUUUCUCACGGCAGCACGAAGGCGGCCAAAUGACUGCAGCAAAGCCACUCGCCCCCCUCCUCCCCCCCCCCAUGCCUGCACCCAGCUUUGUAAGCAAGUCAACGGCAGGUUUUGUACAGUGUAUGUGUCCUAUUCAUGCUCCAAAAGCUGAUCUGGAACAGUGUUAUUUCAUUUUAAGAGGUAAUUGCUUCUCUGGUCAAUGCCACUGCCAAUAAAAAAGAGGAUGAA